UCACACAAAUCAGCUGAAACCUGUUUAAAAUACUUUUAAGUUUGUGAUGGUUGUGAUGCAAAAAAAUAUUUAAAAAAAAAGUUAAAGGACUGAGAAUACCUUUACAAAGCACUGUAUACCACUAGCUUUUAAUUUUUGUCUGUCUCUUUGUAUUUGUUCUUUUUUUUAUUCUUAGAAAUCUUCUCAAAGCGCUGGGGGCUAAAGUCGUGCGCCUCUUGGUUGAUCCUCUCCAUUGCGCAGCAGUUCUGAGCCUGUUGCAGCACGCCUUCCGUCCUCCUUCUGAAAACAUUGGCUCUGCCUUCAGCUUCAGGCCACUCCUUUUCUCAGCAUAAACGGAAGAGUAGUCUAGUCUUCACUUGCCACACUGUUGCCAUCGGACUGUUUCUCUCCGGGAAAAUUAUGAGCGUCGCGGAGAAUGGCGGAGUCCAGCGCGCUUGAAGAGCUGCAGUCGGAGCUCACCUGCCCGGUGUGUCUGGAGCUGUUCCGCGAUCCGGUGAUCCUCGAGUGCGGGCACCACUUCUGCCAGGUGUGCAUCAUCCAGUGCUGGGAAGCGAAGGCGGACGAGCUUUCCAGCUGUCCAAAGUGUAGGAAAUCGUGCGCCCGCAAAGUUCGCCCUAACUCGCUGCUGUGCAACGUAGUGGACAGUGUGCGCAGAGCCCGCAACGUGGACGCGGCCGCGGGAACGCCUGGGUGGGACCCCGAGGGCCCCCUGGAAAUGUUCGAGGAACGAGAGCUCGGCUCCAGCAUGAGCAGCGUGGCCUCCUCCAUCGGGCAAUGGCCUCACCUCGUUGUGGACAUGUGUGAGGAGCAUGAGGAGAAGCUGAAGCUGUACUGUGAAGACGACCAGCUGCCUAUCUGCCUGGUGUGCGGGAUGUCCCGGGACCACAAGACCCACAAUGUCAUCCCGAUCACAGAGGCCUUUGAAAACUACAGGGACAAGCUGGCUGUGGCUUUGGAGAGAGUUCAGCUGCAAACAGAGAUGGCCACACUCUUCCAGAAACAGACCAAUGAGAAGAUCCUCCUCAUUAAGGGGCAAGCAGGAGACCUGGAGGAGCUGGUUACUACCGAGUUUGGCCGUCUGAGGGAGUUCCUGCUCGAAGAAGAGGAGAGCAUCAAGGAGAGGCUGCAAAAGGAGAAAGAAGAGAAGCUCAAUCAGCUGGAGGAGGCUCUCACCAAGGCCACAGAGCAAAUCAGCCAACUGGAAAGCACAGUGGAAAAACUUCGCCUUAAGCUCAAAGAGGAGGGAAACCCAGAACAACUCAAGGGAAUCAAAGAUUUCAUCGGAGGGGCUGAGAGUUUGUUUGAGCGCCCCCCUGAGGUCAGUGUGGAUCUGAAGUCAGGAGAAUUUCUGGGGCCCCUGCAGUACAGAACCUUAAGGAAAAUAAGCUCAAUUUUACAUCCAGCUGUCUCAGUGGUGACUCUUGACCCAAACACAGCCUACCCCUGCCUAUGGGUGUCUCCCUGUCACACCAGCGUCAAGGUGGGAAAAAUCCAAGACAACCUUCCCAACAAUCCAGAGCGCUUCACACGCUACAACAUCGUGCUUGGCUCUGAAGCAUAUUUCUCAGGCAGACAUUACUGGGAGGUGCAGGUGGGCUGCAAGAAAGCCUGGGGUCUGGGCAUAGCCAGAGCCUCCGUCAAUAGGAAGGAGGAGAUCAGCCUUUGCCCGGAUGAUGGAUUCUGGACUCUGGUGCGGAGGUACAAAAGCGACGGCACCAGCGAAUACGAAGCAUGCACUGAUGCAGACGACACCUUAAUAUAUCCGUCCAAACCCCCCAAGAGGGUGGGGGUCUAUCUGGACUAUGGACGUGGGGAGGUGUCGUUUUAUGAUGCUACAGAGAUGAGCCACCUCUUCACCUUCUACAAUGCAAACUUUAAGGAACCUGUGUUCCCUUACUUUAAUCCCUGGCCAAUCAUCAAUGGACAGAACCGAGAGCCACUUACCAUCGUAACACCACACUGGGGAUAGAUGCCUCUUUGUUUUUGCUCCAUCUAUACAUUAAACUACAACAGGAGAUUCCAGCUAUAGACUGUUAUGGAAUCAUCUCCUGACCAUUCAUGUCUGCCUGACAAAGACCUCCUGUCUGAGUAACACAGAGCGUAUUGAUGAGAAACUUAACUCCUGAAUGACUGAAGACGAAACAAGAAAUGAACAUCAUAAAUGGCACUUUACAACCUAACAGACUCAAUGCAAAGAUCUAACCUAGUCAUUGAGGUGUUUGUCUAAGAAAUAUGAUCUGUGUAGCUAAAACCUGAUCUGUCCUAUUCCUGUAUUCUACAGAUUCAUGGUUGUUUGACUAUUUUAGCAUAGCAUCAGUUUAGACGGGGUAAAACAUCAGCUGAUAUUAGCAACUCUUAAUGCAAACCUACAUUAGCAGAUAGUUUGACAUACAAAAUGGAGAUAUCCAAUUCAGGGCACAUCUUGUAAGUUCUUUUUAGCCUGCCCGUCUUUGCUGCCUUUUCUACAUGCUUUUUUUGUAACAAACCAGCACCCAAGUUCAUGCUGUUUCUGACUUUGUUAUUACAAUAUCUGGUGUGUGUAAUGUACAUUUUUCCUGUUUAGGAUCCCACGUGGGUCCUGCCUCACGUGGAAAAACACUCAGGUGUCCAAUAACAGAGUGGAAUCAUAAACUUCACCUACACAUGCAAAUUAAUGAAACACACAGCUGAUACAAUUUAUUUAUUUAAAUAAAUCCCCUAAGUCAAUCCCUAACAGGAUUGACUUACUUAUUUUGAGUCGGUUUUACAUAACUGGGUCAUCAUGGCUGAAAAAUGCCCCAAAACAAAUACACUGCCCCCUCUAUUUAGAAUAAAGUUUAAUAAAAUCUGCAACUUCUUUUUUAUAGAUUCAGUUAUUGGAUUAAAUUAGUCGUUCUGUUCAUUUACAGACUGUAGAAAACGUGGACUAAUUUUAUUCAUUCAGAUUUUGCAAAUGUAUCGUAUUUGUAGGCAAAAAAUAUAUAUUUCUUUUGUAAAUCAUUUUUUAAGAUUUUAUUAUUGCCUUAAAAUUCACUGUGCAUUUCUAACACCCAAAUAUAUAAUAUUUAGCAAUAUUUUGUUAAUAAAAUCCUGCUAUUUUUAUAAAAAGUGAAAGUUUUUUGUUUAUUAUGAAAUAUGCAUGACAUCAGUGAGACAUUAUGUUGCACAAUUUUCACCACUUCACAUUUGACCCACAUUUCUCCCCGGAUUAAGGUAAAAAAAAAUGUAGGCUCUACAUUAUGAUCCCAGAUAAACUCUGCGUGUUUAAUCGGUGUGAGUUCUAUUAAACUUAUAUUUGAGCUUGUUGUUAUUACUUAUUCCACUAGAGGGCAUUCAAAAUUAACUCCAUUUGUUGCAGCAUUCUAUUAAAAUGAGAUUUUUGUAUUUGAGCUUUAUUGACCAAAGAAAGCUUUUAGAAUAUACUUUAUAUCCUGAUAUGAUGACAUUAUUCAAUAAAAAUGUCAUUCAAGUGUGA